AUGCCUAUUAGAUCGCUUGAAUCAUAUUUGUUUGAAAGAGGAUUGGUUGGUUGCUGCCCAAUUGAAUCUAUUAAAAAUGCAAGACUAGGUAUUGAUGUCGAUCAUUAUAUGUCUCGCUUAUUAACUCCCAAAAGGGAGCAAUACUUAGAUGCUAUUGGUGGAUCACCAACCACCUUAACUAUGUUUUUGGAGAGUGAUUUACAAAUUUUUAGGGAGUUGAAUAUUACGCCUGUUUUUGUUUUUAACGGGUUCGAAACUUUUAAUCAAAUGGAGCAUAAUCAAAAGGAAAAUGAAAAACUUGCCAAAGCCGGUCGUUCCACUAUAUUUCCAUCCAGGAAUAACAUUACUAAUACUACCAACAACAAUGGCAAUGACACCAGUACUCGUAUCAAUUCUCCAUACAAUUCUGCGUCUUCUUCCAUCAAUUCAUUGGUGGAUACAUCAUCUAAAGAAUUGAGUUUAAUUCAAAGAAAUCGAGCUUGGUCUAAUUGGAAUACUAUUUUGGAAAAUAGCGAAUCCACCUACAUUGAUCAACCCUUAUUUCCUAAUGAGCCUUUUAGAUUUGGCAUCAAUCCUAUUGAUACGAGAAUAUUUAAGGCUAAUUUGAUUAGAUAUUUUAUUGAGCAUAACAUUCAAUACCAGGUUGCUCCCUUUGUUUCUUGGUUUCAAUUGGCAUAUCUUUUACAAAAUGAUUAUAUUGACGCAAUUUAUGGUUCCACCGAUUUGUUAUUAUUAAGCAAUAUUGACAGAUUUAUUUUAGGUAUGGAGUUUCCUAGUAAGGAAAUGAGAUUUGUCGAUAGAAUUCGUAUAUUUAAUGAGUUUCAAGUAUCACAAGAAGAGUUUGUAGAUAUUGCAAUGACAUGUGGUAACCCAUUGCAACCGGAAGUCUUGCCUCCAUUGCAAAUAUAUCCAAUAACCCAAGUUUUUGAAGUUGGGUUAAACAUGGUUUUAGCCAAUGGUACCGAUUUUUAUUACUACUUAUUAAGCAAUGAGCCCAGAAGUGUUUCCAAAUAUGAAAAGGGUGUUUCCUCUUUAAGAAAUAUGCCUGUUUUAUUCGAAAAUGGUAGAGUUUCUAUCUUUACACCUAAUGCUGAGGAUAAAUCGAAAAUCCCAAAUAAUGCUCACGAGUUUAUUUCUCAAAGAUUGCCACACGAGUAUUAUUUUUACUAUUCUUUAGGGUUGAUUACUAGCGGUAAGUUGUUAGAUGCUAUUUGCAGUGGGGUUUACAAAGAAGAUAUUCCGUUAGGAUCGAUGUUUAUACCAUCGUAUCGCACGUUGGUAGACAAAUCUAUAGAUGACUUUAAAAGUAAAGAAUUAAACUUAUUAACUGCUCCAAUUAAUAGAUAUUACCAAAUCAAAGCAAUUAAACAUCUAGACUGGUUUGGCCCGAAAGAGACUAAUAUUUCUCAUAAAAUGAGUCCGUCCGUUUUUGAAAGAAUGAAUCAUAUAUUGGUGAAAACAGAUAAGGACGAACCGUUCACCGUGGCAAAUUUUAUUAAACUAUUCGAUGAUAAAAAUGCCGAUUGGGAAUCUAAAUUUUUUGUUGCUGACGUUAUUUUUCCAAACAACAUUGAACUUGGAAAAAAAUUGAGAACUCCCUAUGAUUUGUUAUCGACCGUUUUAUUAAGAUUUUUAAUUUUAUUGGGGUUUUUUGACGUGGAUUAUAGCAAGAAAACUUUAAAAGCAACUAAAUACGGAGAAAUUUUCUUGAACUUUAACUCUUUGGGGAUUGAAGAUGGUUCUGAAUUUUUGGUUUUACUAAUGUUCAUGAAAUACAGUAGCAUAAGCUUGAAUGAUUCCUUAGCUGCUACUGAGAAUGCUAGCAGUAACGAUGCCAUUUCCUACAACAGUUCUUUAUCUAAAUUUACCCUAGACAGCUAUCCAAUUGAAUCUAGGUACAUUACAAUAAUUUCCCGCUUGAUGUUAUUAUUUUCGUUCCCAUCCAAACCUUUUAAUUAUCAUGGACCUAUAGAUCGUUCUUUAUUAUGUUUUAGAGAUUAUUUCCAAUUUGUUCAAUUGAAUAUGUCUGAAAUGUUUGAUUCAGUAUGCGUUUCAUGUUUAUGUAGUGGCGAAUUCGAUAGGUUAAGCUUGAAAAAUAAUAGCGAGUGGGUUCACAAGAUUGUAGCACAAAUGUUAUUCAAAUUGCCUAUACCAAACACUUUAAUGGCUAUGAUGUGGGAGUUUUAUUUGCAAAAAUGUUUACAUAAUGGUUCAAUAGGCUCUGAAGCAGAAAAAAUGGUUUCUGACUGUUUUCAUGCCAAUAAAUUGAUUAAUGGUGAUAUCAAACAAGAAGUUUUUAAAAAGGGAUUUAAAAUUAUUAGUCAAUUUUCAAGUUUAAUUAAAGAAUGUAAUAGAGUUGGAAUUACUAAUGAAAGAGAUUACGAGAUCUACAAAAAUGCAGUGUUGUUUGCCCAAAGUACAUUUGAAGUAAAAGAUUAA